CCCCUCAGGGCGGCCGCGCAGGCGCCGCGGGCCGUGCGGGACAUGGCGGGGCCCGCGUACCCCGCCUGGGUCACCCGCUGGGUGAGCGGCCAGUGGCGCCAGCACAAGCGGCCCCCGGCCAUCCGCCCGCCCCGCCCGCUGGCGCUCGCCGACAAGGUGGCGAACCGCAGGGAGCAGGGGGGAGAGGCGACGUGCAUUACGGAGAUGUCAGUAAUGAUGGCCUGCUGGAAACAGAACGACUUCAACGACGCCGCUUGUGCCGAGGAGAUCCGGGUGUUCUAUGACUGUGUGGCAAAAGCAGAAAAACAGCGCAGGAAUCAAAACGAGGACGCUGUGUCAUCCAGGGGAAACUUACCUUCAAGCAAAGUGAACAAGCUCCUGAGGAGGUUUCCUCAGAUCAGACAUUAUCCAUAAUGUGCUUUACUAAGGGGACUGUGGAUGAGCAAUUAAAGUUGGAGUCUUUGGCAAAAAAGAGAAAAGUCAACUUGAGUGAGUGUUUGAUGUCAAGUGGUAUCUGUCAGCACUACUCUGUCGAUCUUGACCCAUCUUUGGAUUCCAGAGUAUCAGCUGAUUUUGUUCAUGAGAUUCCUGGGUCUUGCAGUGUUAGGAUUUCUGCAGUAUGUUGUUCAGCUAGCCAGAACUAGCCUACUCGGGUUCUCACUGUUAAAUAAAACCUUUUAGAAAUGCAUUUAAAUGCAUUUCCUAACAGUUUGGGGGUGACUUUUCCUAACAUAUAAGCUUUCUACCUAGCUUUGGAGCUGCUGUUGAGAAGUGCUCAGAUUCAAACACUAAGCCAGCUGAAAAUUGGUAGUAAUCUCAUGGCUCAUACUUCUGCAGGAGUGGAUACACAAUUUGGUUCCUAAUUCCUGCUGCUGUACAAAAAGGCUAUAGAAUGUGCAAAAAAUCCCCAGCAAAGUACCUUGUUAAUACACAGUACAUUGGUAAGUAUCAGAUAUAACUUUAACGUAGAAGCUUAUGAUUUAGGCACUCUGAUUUGCAGGUGGCACAGGUGUGGUGCCACAUCAGUUUAAUUAUUUUGUCUGGACUAUAAUAAAAUAAUGCAAGACUGA